AUGGCAAAUUCGAAAAUCAAGUUGGCUCCAGGCCGACCAAAUGAUAGGGCACAGCAAGAACAGAUUCGCAAGCGUCGGCACAAUCUCUUCAAACGGUUGAAAGAAUUCAACGACCGCUACGAUAUGGAUAUAUGGCUGACAAUGCGAAUGCCGAGCGGUUGGGUCUACACGUUCUGCACGAAGGAGGACGAGGCCCCACCAAUUGAGGCCGACUUGCAGAUACAAGGGUUUCCGGUGAUCCGAAAAACCCCGGAAGACUAUGCCCCCAAAGCUGAGCGGCAAUUUGUCGUUCGCAGCCCACCGGUAUUCUCGUUGCGGCGCCCCCAGUACUGCCGCAAUAGCGGCCACUCCUCAGAACCAGAAGCGCAGACAUCACAUAAACCGGCCGUGCAGCGCCGUAACGACAGAAAGGAGGAGCCUAGAACACCAAUUGACGGUGAUAGCCAGUAUAUGCCAAGCCCCUUUUCUUAG